UUUCGAGUGCAUUUUCUGUUUCCUCCGCCCUCCUGUUCCUACAUCCUGAGUCUAUCUGCAGUGUUACAGAACAAGCCCCUGAGGAGCUGGAAGUAGUAUCACUGACGGAAACUGCUAUUGCUGGCUCUGCUUCCUCUGCUCAGCCCAGCCCUAAGCUCUGGACCUGUGCACUGCAGCUGAAUCUAUGGGCAUGUCUGCAGAGGAGGACGAUUCCACCAGAUCCAAAGGUAACGGGAAAUGCAGCUACAGGAUCUCAGUGACCGUACCAUUCAGUGGGGUGGGGUGAGGCAUAUGGGGCCCUUCCUAGAUGGGCUUUGGGUAAAGCAAGUCUCCUAGCUGUGUUGAUUUCUCUCUCUCUCCCUACUUGAGAAAGAACUCCCUGUUCUUGCAAUUGAUGAGGGGGGAAAAUACUGUACCUGACAUCUCGGCACAAGUACAAUGAAUGAAGUUAUGAUUUUAAAGUGCUUUCCUUAAGGAGGAAGGUGCCAGACAAUUUUAGCCUAACCAUCAGUAUAUGGGUUCCAGGCACCUUCCACUUUAAGAAAAGCACUUAAACUUUAUCUACCUGGGCUGUGAGAUGUCACAGAUACUUUUGCCUAGAUAAUAUUGCAUUCUUGGGGUCAUGCAGGAAGGGAGAGGUCUCAGAGAGAUACUUACAUGUCAUAGUAACUGUCCUUUUUGGAAAUAAAUGGGCUAGAAAAAUCAGAGCCAGAGAUUGGUUUGUCUGUCCACUGUCUGUCCUCACUGGGAGCAAUACCAUAGAUGCUUUAAAACCUUACUGUGUGGUGCUCUGAUAGAGGACACUUUUAAAUAAAGGACUGGCCCCUGGCAGCCCUUCAAGUAGAGAAGUGUCCUCUGAAAGCAGGACACACGGCCACUCUAGUGUAUGCUGCUAUGUCAGGUGCUGUCAGUCUAGAGUCUAGAGUCAAUGUGGAGCAGUGGUUAGAGUGUCAGAGUAGGCUCUGGGGGGCCAGGGUUCAAAUCCCACUCAGCCAUGAUGUUUACUGGGUAACCUUGGACCAAUCACUGGCUCUCAGCCUAAUCUACUUCACAGGCUUGUUGUUGGCAUUACAUGUGGGGCGUGGAAGAACCAUAUGUCAGCUUGAGCUCCUUGGAGAAAAAGGUGGGAUAUAAAAGAAAUAAAUAAAGUAGCGCAGGAUUAGACAACAUGGUGCCUCUAGAUGCUGUUGGACUCUAACUCCCAUCAGCCACAAGCCAGCUGGGCAGUAGUCAAGGACAAUAGGAGUUGUAGUCCAACAAUAUCUGGAGGGGACACAGUGGGCUACUUCUGGUCUGUAGGCCUCUUAUCACAAGAUGAAGCCUGGUGUUACAACACCUUCAUGCUUUGGAUGGAGAGGAGUGGCAAUGUUGGGUUUCUUUAUAUCAGCCUUCCAGAUGUUUUGGAUUGCAACUCCCAGUGGACCCACCCAGCACAACUAAUGGGCAGUGUAUUUCAAAACAUCUGGAGGGCAUCAUAUUGGGGAAGAUUGAUCCUACAUGGUACAGAUUUGCCCAGUCAUUUGAAUUCACCCUUUAUUUAUUUCUUUAAUGAGUUUCAAACCACUUCCAAACUAAAGUUUCCAAAGCAGUGUACAACAGAAAUAUGUGGUACCUUGGUUUACGAACAGCCCUGUUUAUGAACUAUUUGGUUUACGAACUCCACAAAACUGGAAGUAGUGUCCCAGUUUCCGAACUUUACCUCAGUCUACGAACGGAAGCCAAAUGGUAGAAGGGCACCAGCGGCAGGAGGCCUGAUUAUGGAAAGCGCUUCAGUUUAAGAACGGGCUUCUGGAAUGGAUUAAGUUCAUAAACCGAGGUACCACUGUAUGUAACAUUUAAAAAAGCAAAUCUUGAAAGUCUUAAAUUACAAGAUGCCAUUAAAAAAUGGCUGAGUCACUCCUGAGUAUAAAACAGCUGAGUCACUCCUCAGGGUAAGUCCUCUUUGAAAGCUUUCAAUAGCUGCCUAAAAGCCCAAGUGCUUGUCUAAUUUCACCAGGGAGCAGAUUCCAUAGAGCUGAAGCCACAACAACACUUAAGACCUGGGUUUUAGUUGACCUCAUGCAUACAUCUGCAGCAUGCAGAACUCUUAACAAUGCCCUCCCCCCGAGGAACACAAUUGCAGUGGAGGCUGGUCCAUCAGGGCAAAUGGGGCACUGCCCCACCAAGUUAAAUCUCCCCGCAGCCACUUGCCAACUCCUUACUAAUACAGUGGUGCCCCGCAAGACGAAUGCCUCGCAAGACGAAAAUCUUGCUAGACAAAAGAGUUUUCCAUUUUUUGAGUCUUCCGCAAGAUGAAUUUCCCUAUGGGCUUGCUUCGCAAGACGAAACGUCUUGCGAGUUCUUGCGAGUUUGUUUCCUUUUUCUUAAAGCCGCUAAGCCGCUAAGCCGCUAAUAGCCGCUAAGCCGCUAAUAGCCGUGCUUCGCAAGACAAAAAAACCGCAAGACGAAGAGACUCGCGGAACGGAUUAAUUUCGUCUUGCGAGGCACCACUGUAACCAGUUCAAGGGGUGGCCCUGGCUAUUGGAACUCUGGGAAUUGCAGGACUGUGAAGGCAAUAGAGCAUUCCUAACAACUCUCAGCACCCUUAGCAAACUACAGUUCCCAGAAUUCUUUGGGGGAAGCUGUGGCUGUUUAUAGUGCAAUAAUCCAUUUGCCUUUGCGAAAUUUCCUGUCUUCCAGCCUCCACUGCAAAGUUGCUGGACGAUCCCUCAGGUAACCUGACCCCAAGUUGUACAGGGCUUUGAAUGCUAAAAGCCAAAGCUUGAACUAACUCUGGUAGCAUGCUAGCAGCCUCAUAAUUGCCCUUAUGCCUAUUAUAAAUAGAACAGCUAUUCUUUAGUAGAGGGAACAAAAUAAAAAAAAAUCCUUCCAGUAGCACCUUAGAGACCAACUAAGUUUGUUAUUGGUAUGAGCUUUCAUGUGCAUGCACACUUCUUCAGAUACAGUAGAGGGAAUUAGUUAUCAGACUCCAUAUGCCCUUCGAACGCCCCCUCUCCCGCCUCGUCUCUUGUCUCUGAAGCCAGACGUCUGACAAUACAAGUGUGCCUCCUUUUCCCAGGUCAUUGUGUUUCCAAGCCCCAGAAGCUUCCCCUCCACCAAUAUUCCACCUAGGCUAUCCAGCUCGUGGGUAGGCGGUCACAUCCUGUUUCCUUCCUGCAUUCCAGGGGAGCAGCUGGGGAUGGAAGAGCAAUUCCUGUCUUGCAAAGACUCGCAGCUGUAUGUGUGGAUUUCCUUCUUCUCCCUCUUCCUUCUCUGUUUUAGACCAGGAAUGGCCAGAAGUGGAGAAAGCUGAAAAAUUAGCCAGAGGAGCUGCCUUAAAAUGGGCAUCUGGGGUCUUUUACCGACCUGACAAAUUAGAGGGCCUUGAGGAGUAUCGGAUCCGAGAGAUACAACGCAACAGUUCCAUCCAAUCCCGCAUAAAGGUUGGUAGUUGCAGCACUGGAACCAGUGCUGGCCAGUGCCCAUUGGGAUUGGGAGGGCGGAAGUCAGGGAACCCAACAUGAAGUGCAGCCAAAUGCCAAUGACAAGCACACACAACUGAUUCUAGCUUUGUCACCAUCCUCCUCCUUGUUGAGUUCUGCAGUGGCCACACUGAGUAAGGAAGAGGAAGGGGACAGGCAAUGCCACCUCCUGAACCCAUUGUAAGUAUGGAGGCAGGCAGUUGGGGGAUGGGUGACAGCAGACUGAGGCUGGUGGGGCAGUGCCCCACUCGCCCUAAUGUACCAGCCUCCACUGACUGUUCUCUGAACACCUGGGUUGGCUCUUCCAGCUUUUGGAUGGCCAUUGGAUGGGUUCACCAGAAGGGUCAUGUGACCAAAGGCAGCUGCACCUUCUCCCUACCCCUAUCACUUGCGGCGUGCUCAAAGCGGGCAAGGACUGUUGUUGUUUGUAAAAAAGAGAACCAGCAGGAUCAGGGAGUUUCAGGGCUUGAUGCUGAGUUAUGGGCCUUGGCAAGUGCCCAUCAGUAGCAAUCCCAGAUGCCAGGCCUUGGCUAUGCCUAGAUUUAUUUAUAAACCACCCAAUAACCAAGGUUCUAGGGACGUGGGUGGUGCUGUGGUCUAAACCACUGAGCCUCCUGGGCUUGCCGAUCGUAAGGUCUGCGGUUUGAAUUCCCACGAUAGGGUGAGUUCCCGUUGCUCUGUCCCAGGAUAAAACUAGAUUAACACUAGCAGCCUUGAAUAACCUUGGCAAAAAAGGAUUUAAAUCCAAAAUCACCCAACACCAAUGCCAGUGGGGUCCCAAAGGUCCAAGUGGAGAGGUGGGUCUUUAUGACAGCUGAUAUACUGAUGAUGCCUGGCACACCUACAGAGGCAGGUGAUGCCACAUCCAGGACACCACAACAGAAAAGACCCUAUCCUGGGUCACUGUCUGUUGGGCAUUGCCCAAAACCUCGGUUGUCAGGUUGGCAUAUACUAGGAGAGCCACUCUUUCAAGUAUUAAUGCAGCUUGAUCCUGAAAUCUCACUGGUUUAAGCAGCCUUGAUUAUGAAUUUAAUAGAACAAGGGUUUGGAGAUCCAGAUAUGAGCUUUUCACACUGGAAGCUGCAUUAUACUGAGUCAGAGCUAGCUAGCACAGUAUUGUCUACACUGACUGGCAGCAGCUCUCCAGGUUUCAAGCAGGGGUCCAUCCCAGCCUUAGUUGGAGAUGCUGGGGAUUGAAUUUAGGACUUUCAGCAUGGAAAGCAGAUGUUUUAUCACUGAGCCACGGCCCUUUGUCCUGCCUGUGAAGUCUCUGUGUCCUCUUUGCCACUUGAUUCUCUCUGUCCCUAGUCAACUGUGCAGUCCUACCUAGAGGGUGUGAGCACAGGCCUGGAGCAGUUGCACUCAGCCACUGCAGAUGUUCAACAUGUGCGGCAAGCAUUGAGAAACAUAUGCCAGUCCUUGGCAUCCGGCACCGACUCUUUUCAGAGCCUGCAGAGACUACGGGAGGUGGCAGUGGAACAUGCCCAGCUGGGUUCAGUUGCCCAGACAUUGCCCCAACUUUUCUCAGGUGAGCUUCAGUUUGUAAUAUGUGUUAUUUAUUAUUAUAUCCACUUGUUACAUCUGUGCCUCACUCUUCACCAAAUGGUCCCAGAGUGGGUUGCAAAAACCACACAAUUAGAAUGAGUGCAAUGAACAACUAAAAUUAUGAAAUUAAACUGCAAAACAAUCAUAUCAGAAUAACAAAACACCAGCACAGAGCACUCAGCCAAGGGCUUGGGUAAAGAGGCUAUUCAUAACCUCAAAUAUCUAAAUGCCAUUGCAUCCGGAAAACUGCAUGCAUGCAAUUCCAAAAAACAUGGGAUGACCUUCUAUAUAUCUGCAAGCAACGCACCUACCUUUCAGCUGAGACAUUUCCCUCUCUGGCUUGAUCGGCUUGCAGCAGAUAAUCUUGUAGAGGAGCUGCAUACUUUGUACAGCACCCCUUUCCCUCUCAUCUGCCCAGCCCUUGGACAGAGGGUUCCAAACCCCUGCUCUAACCACUGCUCUAACCACACUGGAUAUCAUUCCUCUUUCUUCCCCAGGUUAUGCUUUUGAAGCCCUUUCUCCCUUUCUUCUUUCCUACACAGUACACAAACUCCUUUCCGAGACCUUUGACCUCCUGCAGAAUCACCACCUGCUGGAAGCCCAUGCAGGAUUCAUGGAGCUAGAGAGUUUACGGGACAGCAUCCUGUUCCAGCUGCAUCACCACAACCUGCUCAGCUCCUCGCACCUGGCCAGUGUGGAGUCCUACUUCAGGGGCCUCCUGGAACUGAACGAUGCCCUUGCCCAGCACCUGUGGCACGUUGUGGCCCACAGCACAAGACUGGUGUCUGAGGACCCCUCCCUCUUUGUGUCCACGCUACGCAUUAUUGAGCGUGAGGAGAGCAUUGAUGCUGCCUUGCUCCUGAGAACUCAGCUUCCUUCUGGCUUCCUCCCGCCAGGGCGCCCCAAGUGCUGGAGGCAGAAGUUCUUCCAGGUUAUACAGGACACCAUAGUCGCUUCCCACUUCCAGGCCAUGCCAAGCAAUGCCCAAGGACAGCACCUUGCUCAGCAUUUGGCGUCCUUGCAGAACAGCAUCCUGGCUGAACUGUGUGUUGUGAAAGACCUGAUGGCCCAGUGCUGCCCACCUCACUACAAUAUCGUCGCAGCCUUUGCUGCCAUGUAUCAUCAAAGCCUUGCCAAACACCUGCAUCACAUCCUCACUCGGGAGCUGGAGAAGCAGGAGGUCUUUACUCUUCUCCAGUGGGCACUCCAUGUCUACCCAAGGUCAGUGCUCCUAAUGGCAGGUGUUGGGGUUCAUAGGGGAAGUGAGGGGUCAUUAUUUUUUUUAGAAAAAGAAGUGCUGGGGCUUACAUUUGCCUACCGCCCAUAACUCUGACUUGGAAUCCCAAACACCAUCCAUCUGAAGCACUCGUGGGCCAGUUUAACAGUCAUGGCUCCCCCCAAAGAAUUCUGGGAACUGUCGUUUGUGGAAGGUCUACUUCAGUGGUGGCCAAAUCUGGCCCCCCAGCUGUUUUUGGACUACAACUCCCAUCAUCCCUAGCUAACAGGACCAGUGGUCAGGGAUGAUUGGAAUUGUAGUCCCAAAACAACUGGAGGGCCAAGUUUGGCCACCACUGGUCUACUGAGAACUCUCACCACUCUUGAUGAAGCAGAGUUCCCAGGAUGCUUUGGGGAAGCUGUGACUGUUAAAGUGGUAGGAUAAUGCUUUAAACAGGUGGGUGUUUAUCCAGUCAUGUUCUCUGUUGUACCAGCAGGCAACCGUCAGGUGGCAUUUGCAAAGAAGCAGAUUUGGCAAUGGGCUGCAUUUCCCCGUACAAGAAUACUAGAAAUAUGCACAUAUAAUCCUGCUUCAGGUGUACUGAACAGCCUGAAAGUGGAAAGUUGAACUUAAGUACCUUUCGUUCCUGACCCUUCUUGUGUUCCACAGCUCAGAAAUGAUGACCCACCCAAGCCUUCUACCUGAAGUGGACAUCACAGUCUUGGGUCCUCUGCUUCCUGUGGAUACAGUAGACUACUUGGAGGAGACCUAUGUAGGGAAAGUACAGGUGAGUCGUGAAGACUAUGGGGAACAAAAUGACUGUGGAUAUUGAAGCACUAAUAUAUUUAGAUUUGCUGGUUGGCCUAGAAACCUGGGUGAUGGGGAGUGUUAAUAUGAAGUUCUCCAAAUAUUCAGGCAGAGAUCUUUUCUUACCAGUGAAUGUGGAAAUAUUCCAUCUGAAAGUCUAGAGAGCUGCUGUGGGCUGGAUGGACCACUACUGAGCUAGAGGAACCAGUUGUCUAACUCAGUAUCCAGCAUAUUCCUAUGAAUAAGGGACAAGUGGCAUAUUACUGGAUGCCAUGCUAUGCUAUACACAAAGUUCUGUAAAGAGUCCUUGUUGUCUCCUCUUUCUGAAGAAAAGCACCUUCAGGAGACGCCCAUUUUGAACAGGUAGGGGGUAGAUGAGGCAGUGGUGCUUCACCCUUUUCCCACCACCCCUUUUCCUGGUCCAGAUUGUCUCCCCAACUGAGUUGGCCCUGCUCAGGGUUCCAAACUCAGGCAGCCAUGCACAUGGGACUCUGGGGGUCAAGAGGGCGAUUUGGAGCAGAUGGGGAAAUGGCUGGUGAAGAAAGUGCUAAGCAUUCCUCCUCUGUCUGCUGCUUCUCUGUUCAAAAUAGGUCUCUACCCCAAACUGCUUUUAUUCUGAAUAAGUAGCCUUCAGCCAAAACGUGUUACUUCUGUGCAGUUUGCCUCUUAAGCCCCUCUAGUCUCUGGAGUUUUCAUCGGGCACUUCCAGAUCACCUGUUUAUUGAGCAUUCAUCCUAAUUUGUUUGCUGGGGAGGUUGGAAGGUGUUGGCUAUUUAAUGAACAUUCAUCCUGAUUUGGGAGACAGGUUCGCUGCAUGAGAUCGAAUCCCACCCAAAAAUAGCACAGAAAGUGCUACCUUUCAGGGAAACAGGUUUGUUGUGCAAGACCUUCUAAUCAACUAUAAUUGAGCAAACCUGAAUCUGCUGGCCUGUGGCUGAAUUCCACCUGAAAAUAGUGACAGUCUGGAAGCAUCCAUUGUUUCACAGCAGUGGAGAGAAAUAGGGAUAAAAAUAGGAGGUGGCAGGUUUUCAGGAAGACCAGAGGUGGAGGUCGAACACAUACUGCAGGUCAUAUCCACACAGAGCUAUAUUUCCCAGCACCCUUAACGAACUGUAGCUCUCUGGAUUCUUCGGGGGAAGCAAUGUGCAUUAAAUGUACUGUGAAUGUGUGGUGUGGAUCUGAGCCGUAUGUACUGUAUAUCAGCUGCCCCACUAAAGAGAUGUUUCUCAUCCGCAGGAGAAAGGAGCUAGGCAAAUGAAUAUGAACACUGCUGGGGUUGAGAGUGGCUUGUGUGCAGUGGAGGGUCCCUGGUCUUCACUUAAAAAGAGAAUAGUUACUCAGGUCUGAGAGCCAAAUUUGUCCACCCCACCCCACCCAGGCCUCUCUAUCUGGCCCUGGGAACUUUCCCCAGGCUAUACCCAUGAGUGCUUUUUCUUGGCUGGAAUGUGUCUGGAUGGAAGAUAGAGAGCUUCAUGUGGAGAAAUUAGCCCAUAUGCAAAGGUGACAUUCACAUUUGUUGCUCCGCCUGCUUUUGUCUCCAGCCAUGCCCACUAUAGGCACUUGGCCCUCAGAAGGUUAUCCAGACAAAAAUGCGGGCCUCGGGGUGAAUAAGGUUCCUCAACCUCUGUUGCCAUAAACCAUCUCUGCUUGUUCUUCUAGGCCAGCUUUGCUCAGUGGAUGCAGAAGACGCUGGAGAUGGAGUUUAAAGAGUGGUUCAGUGAAGAGGAGCCCGAAUCAGACUAUCAAGGCUGCUUCCAGACCAGCCUUCCCAUGAUUGUCAUGAAGGUCAGAGAAGAAAGACAAUGCACUGCAGGGAAGCCUACCUGAUUCCUGUACAGCGUGUCCUAUUGACUGCGGAAGCAAAGCCAUGUGUUUGAUCCCCACUCAUCCAAUCGCCUUCCUCUCUUUCUUUGCCUGCCCCAGAUGCUGGAUGAAAAUAUCCGAGUGGCAUCCCUCAUCUCAGAUACUCUGCAGCAGAAGUUGUGCAACAUGGCCCUGGAGGAGCUUGAGGUCUUUCUGGGCAGGUCAGUUCUCUCUCCAUGCUGCUGAUGCAGAGUAGGGACUGAGAGGCAAGAAAAGGAUGCUCAUCACAGCACAGCUCAGUAGGGAAAGCAGCAUGACUCACCUGCUUUGCAUGCCAAAGGUCCCAAGUAGGGCAUCUGCAGGGAGGACUGGGAGAGACUGCUGUCUUAAACCCUUGAGAAUUGCUGCCCAUCAGUGAUGACAAUACAUUGACGGACCAAUGAUCUGACUCAGUAUAAGGUAGCUUCCCAUGUCCCUAACAUUAAUUCACCAGCAAUAGGACCUUCAGGCCCAGCCCAAUAAGACAUCUUGGGUUCUUACUUGAGUUUGGUUAUCAUUCCUGCUAAGGAUCCCUGCUCCUUUCUCCUUUCUUUCACUGGAGGGCUGUGGAGGCUCAUUUCCCUAAUCCUGCUCCAACUGAGGCUCCUUUUUCCUUACAGAAAACCUUUAGUGGGCUUGAAAUGAGGUAUGUUAUUUCUGCGCCACAAGAACACCCCUGAGGGAUCAGACCAAAGGCCUGCCUAGUCCAGCAUCUUGCUUCCCAUACAUAGCUCUGUGGAGAUCCUGCAAACAGGACAUGAGGGCAAUAGCUCUCUCUCUCUUCCUCUGCUCUUCCCCAGAAGAGGCAUUACUUCCAGAUCUGUCAGUAUUAUGCAAAAAGAAUUUAAGCCCAUACCAGAAAUGAAGGUGGAUGAAAGCUCUGUGUUGACCUAGCACAACAAAUCCAGUUUAAAUCAAAUUCCUGACUUUUUGCAGUUAGGAAAGUGAUAGAGAAAUGCACUAAAAAGUGUAGGAUGGGCAAAUAUCUAAUAGAAAGAGGUAAAAUCAACUCGCAAGCAAAACAGGAUGAAUCCUCAUUGUUGUAUAAUCACCACACAAACAAAUCAGAAAGAAGCUCAGUAAAGACCAGAUGUACCAGUCUAACCUCCUCAUAAGCUCAGUAAACAAGUUGUCUGCCUCCGAUCCUGGAGGCAGUAUUUAACAAUAGUGGUUAGUAGCCAUUGUCCCUUCAUGAAUUUGUCUCAUUCUUCUAAAGCCAUCAGAGGGCGCUUCAAGAUUACAAGUUCAUUCAUCCCAAACUGUAGUUUGUUAAAGACACAUUUUCCUUACAGAUCUAUGAUUCCUGCGAAGAGGCACUGACUGUUAAGCCAUGCUGAAAAUUGUAGCUCUGUGAGGGGAAAAACAGUUUCCUAACAACUCUCAGCACCCUUAACAAACUACAAUUCUCAGGAUUCUGUGGGAGAAACCACUGUUAAAGUGGCAAAAGUGCUUUAAAUGUAUACUGAAGAUGGGGCAUAGGUCUGCUUUUUCUUCAUCAUAUGUGGAACUCUGCACUGUUUCACUCUCAAGACACAUGGGAUUGGCUACUGGUGUGCAAGAUGCCAUGACAACUGCUGUGCUCUCUGCAGCCUGUAUGAAGACCUGGUGGGAUUUGGCAAGGAGCAUCAACGAGAACCUGCAACCUCCAAGUGCUAUGUGCCUUACUUGCUAUCAACCCUCAACAACUGCCAGGCUCUCAGGUAUUCCCAACUCCUGUGAUUGAUUCCUUCCACAUGCCUGCUGUAUCUGGGCUUCUCUUGCUAGCUGGCUACAUGCAAGCCCGCUUCCCAGCUAUUCCUCUUCCCUCCACUGGCAGCACCUCCAUUGCAGCCCUGUGUGAAGGCAGAUCAACAUCCUCAGAGGCCAACAAGAUGUCAUCAACCCUUCACGUUGCCCUGGAGAAAGCCCAGAAGAAGGCAUGCCAGCUGCUGCUGGAGGAGAUGCUGAAAGAUCUGCAGGUACCCAUUGUUAUUAAGAAAGCCUAUGGUAGAGGUGGGGACCCGCAGCCCUAGGGGCCAAAUGUGGCCCUGCAGGCCUCUCUGUCUGGCCCUUGGAACUCUCCCAAGGCCAUGUCCCUUGCUGCCCCUGUUUCACACCCACACACGAGUUUUUCCCAGGCUAGAAUAUACCCCUGAACUUUGACAAUGCUUCCUGCUUGCCUGGAUGAAAGAUAAGAGAGUGUUGUGUGAAAUUGUGAAAACUAACCUACUGUUUGAAGGUAAAGUCAACAUGCAUUGCUCUGCCCACUUUUGCCUCUGGCCCUGCCCACCAGUGACAUGUGGCCUCAAAAGCUUGCCCAGAAGGGAAUGUGGCCCUUGGACUGAAAAAGGUUCCCCACCUCUGACACAUAGUAAACGGAUUAGAGAUUCCCACUUACAACUGCCCUAAUACCACCAGGAGCACAAAUAAUGAUGAAUGCAGAUUUUUAAAAAGAUGUCUGGAGGGGUCCUGAGUGCCUGUGCUUGCAAGCAAGCACAAAGAAGCUUGUGGAGCCCUAGUUUGCAGCAGCCAAGCUCCUGAUGAGGGUGAAUUGGUGGAAGCCAGGCUAACUAUCAGCUCUGCCUUCACAGCUAUAGAUCUUCUGCUCAAAGGAGAUACACCAGAGCUUGACCCUGCAAGAGGCAACCCAAAACAUACUUCCUUGAGUGGGUCUUUUAAAGGCAACGUAACAUGUAGUAUUUGCAGAGGAGUUCUAUGCCAUUUUGUAGGUUUGCCUGUAUUUUUUGUUGCUGUAAGCCACUCUGGACUUCCUUCUGGAAGGUGGUGUGUGUGUGUGUGAGAGAGAGAGAGAGAGAGAGAGAGACCAUUUUAAAACAACUUGGUACGUCCCUUGUUCUGUCCCAGUCUCCGUUUGCUCAGAUGCCCUCCCGUCAAUGGCUGUCUGGUGAAUCCCAGGUGCUGAGCAGCAUAUGCGAGGUGGUAGAAAUGCACAUGAAAUUCUUCUGCAGAACUCACAGGCCAAUCAGCAUGGUAAGAUCCCUCCAUAGCUGGGGGCUGACAGCGGUGGGAAGAUCUGUGCACUGCUGGUUGGCUAGCUUCAGGGAGGGUGGUCUACCAUUUGAGCAUUGCCUCUAGAUUCUAGAAGUGGGGGAUCUGCAGCCUGAGGUUUACAUGUGGCCUUUGGGCUUUGGAUUUCAAGUGGGUGAGGGGGGCCUGGCAAGAAAGGGGCAGGGAGCCAAGACUGAUGGAAUGACAGAAAGCGAGGGUAAGCUCUUUGCAGACUUAGCAGAAAGAGAAAGAAAAUGGGGUGGAAGAAAGAGACGGGGGAGAGGGGAGAGAGAGAAAGAGAGAGUGUGUGUGUCAAAGGGAGGUCCUUCCCACUUUUUGCUCUGGCCAUGCCCAUUGCCAGCUUCAGCGCCACCCAUCACCAGCAAGAUGGGGACAAACCUAGAAUUAGUUAUCUCUGCCUGCCAUUGGCUCUGGCUCCCUGCCUCCUGCCCUACCAGGCCCAGUGGGCACCAGCCACCGCUGCAGGAAACACACACACUGCAUUUCAGCCUUUUGUCUCAGUGCAGCUCCCAUUAACUAGAAUGACCAUGGCAAUUUUCCCCCCUUGAUGUCCAGCACCUCCUGUCAGAGACUGAGCGCUUGGUCAUGAGCCAGUACGUGAGGGCUCUCUUGCAGAAAAGGCUAGUCUGCCGGAACGCUGAGGAGAGAAGCCGGAUGGCCAGGCAGAUGGUGCAAGAUGCCUCUCAGCUGACGGAGCUCUUUUGCAGCCUGGUGAGAGAAAGGAACAGCUAACAGCUAUCAUGUUUUGCCAAACACAUUACAAGGAUGGGGCUGGCAGCUGCUGGUGAUCACAGAGGAAAGGGAGAUUGACUUUGCUCACCAAGCUGAAUACAGAGUUGUGUGCGUGGCCAGCAAAGAUCAAAUAUGCAUCCAAUAGGGAUGAAUAGAUCAUUCUAUUUCCAGAUCGUGUCAGUUUUGCAUGUGUUCAUUCAUAAGUUAGUUAUUUCCUAUUUCCACAUCCACCAGCUAUUUGUUUCCUUUUAAACUGGGGGGAAGUCACAUUUUUUAUAUGCAGUUUAACCCGAAGUACACAUUUUUGCAUAUUUUUGAGCCAUGAACUAUAUUGCAAAAUUUUAAGAUAUUCAACAACUGAAGGAUAACUGCAUUCUAGUUCCUGUAUUAGUCUGGGAAGUAAGAAUGGAAUAAAUUCACUUAAAAUGUGAACUGAGCAAAAUUUUCAACAUCCCUAGCAUCUAGUUGCACGACUUCCGGCUUCCAAAGAAACCUGUGCAGGUUCCUACUAGGGCCGAACUAUUGGGAGAUCAACUUUGUUGGAUAGCAGGUCUGGCCGAUAAUACCAGCUAGAGUUGCUGCUUACUCCUGAGGUGUCUUUGCAUUUCAGUACCCGCAUGAAAAUGUCACAUCAGGCAAUCAUCCUUUUGGUCAGGAGGUGGCAACCCAAGCCAGUUUGGUGCAGCAAGGUGGGUUGGGGUUGGGGAAUAAACAACUGUGCAGAACACCUAGUCAUGAGGCUGGCUCUGCCAACAGCUGCUGGUUGUUACCUAGUUGAACUUCGUUCAAGGAUGCUGUGGAAGGUAGUCUAGCAAUGACUGGGCUGCUCUCUGCUUUAAUGUCUAUGGUACAGUAUUAGGUAGGUAGCUGUGUUGGUCUGACACAAUCAGAAUAAAAAAAUAAAAAUAUUGUCUAGUAGCACCUUAUAGACCAACUAAGUUUGUUCUGGUAUAAGCUUUUGUGUGCAUACACACUUCUUCAGGUACAGUAUGAUAUGGUAUUCUUUUAUCUAUUGAACUUGUAUACCAUGUUAUAUUUAUUUAAAAAAAUCUCCAAGAGGUUUACCCAUCUCAACAAAAAUCAAUGUAUAAAAAUGCAAAACCCACAUGCAGUAUAACUGCAACUGCUAACAGUAGUAAUAGUCACUCGACAAUCAUAACUCAUCUUGCAGCCUCCACAUCGGUCCAUCCGUUCUGUCCUCGUGGUAUGAUAUAGUUUGUCUCCUGCUUCCUUUCCCAGGGCCUGGAGGAGAAUGAACAGACUCUCAGAGUGAUUGCUGACCUGCAGGAGCUCGUCAGUCUCAAGGACCCCUCCAUGCUGAGCCUGGAAGUACUGGGAUUCGUGACAAAAUAUCCUGAUAUCAGGUAGGGCACUCAAAGCAAAUACACUUUCCCCUCUUCCAGCACUGCUUCCCCCAGCACUGGAUUUGCAUUUUGCCCCUAAACAGGAAGCACGGGAAAUACAACACAGAGAGUAUAAUUGUUCUUUUCCAGCACUGUGAGAGCUGGAAUUCUUUUGCUUGGAGAUGCCAGGUCUUGGAUCUGAGGCCUUAGGCAUCCCUUCCGUUCUCCAAAUUCAAGGCCAAAAACAUUUUCUGGCAGUCGCCCCAGCAAUGAUGCAAGGGUAAUAUAUCUCCAACCUGCAGGCUAAUCUUGGCCUGCCAGGGGGUUCACGUUGGCCCACAAGGCCAUUUCCACCAAAGCAAUCUUCCUUCAGCACUGGCAUCAGGUACCUUUCCUCCAGUGUACCUGAGAACAGCAGCCUAGCUAAGGGAUUGGAGGGUAGGCCACAUUGGAGAACAUACAGCUCUGUUCUCCAACUCUCCACUCCAUCUGCUUGUGGAGGGGCUGCCUCACUCUUUCUAAAGGUAGGGCCAGUCCUGGUUGGCAGCAGGAGGCCAGGGGAGAGGUAACACGUUUUGUGCCUGUUGUUUCACCAGCGAAGACCACAUUUCCAUGCUCCUCCACUUGCGUGGCGACAUCUCUAAAGAAAUCCACAACAACGUGCUGGAGAUCAUGGUGCAGAAUCCUCAAGUACUGCCUGAGAACUAUCGCCCAGUUUUUAGCAACAUUUUUGUUCCAGCUCCGGAGCCACCCUUCUGCCUUGGGAAGUCCAAAUGUGCCUGAUACAUCCACAGAUGCUGCUAGACUGCUCAUCUCUACAGCUGCAUUGCUGACUUUGCCAGGAUGGUAGCUGGUGACCUCUGGCAAGAUGGAACUUUAGUGGGGAUUGAGCCUGUUGAUGUUGUUGUUGUUUUUUUUACAUUCCAGUGAUCCAAAACACAUGGUGCCAUUUUGUGGAGGCGGGGCAGUGGGAGCAGGGGCAGGGCUAAAUUUAGUCAGUUUUGUGUGCUCUCUCCCAGAUUCACAGCCAGGCACAACCACAUGCAGUCUCCUUAUCAUGUGUGAGGAACCUUUGGCUCUCCAGAUGUUGCUGAACUACAAUUUCCAUCAUCCCUAGCCAUUGGCCAUGUUUGCUAUGACAGUUGGGAGUUCAGCAGCAUCUGCAGGGCCAAAGGCUCUCCACACCUGCUCUAUAUUCUAUGCAAGAUUAUACACAGGAAUGGUUGUCUAUUACGCACCAGUUGCACUAGUUUUCUGUGGGUUGUGUGGUUUUGGGUGUUAAUAUAUGCACAUCCACGCCCAAACCUGCUUAUGAAUUCUACACAGUAUAUGAGUGCAACACUUGUGCAGACCAACUAGUACACUGAAGCCCGUAUCUUGUAGCGUUUAGAAAAGAUGAAUAUGAUUGCCAAAUGGCACCAAAGCCAGUUCCAGCCUGUACUCCCAAAAGAGCACUGCUUAUUGCAUUGUCAUUACAAAUUAUGCAGACAGGGUAAUGUGCUAUUAUCCUAGAACUAUGCAAAUCAUGGGGCACAAUCAUGGAGCACAAGAACAACAUAUUUAUCAAUUAAUACUUAAGAAUCGAAUAUGCUUGCUAGAUAAUGUUUUCUAGAUAAAUAGCAUUCAGUUUUUCUUUUCUAAAUUAAAGGCAUGUAGCCCUUAUGGGGCACACGGCACUUAGGGAAGACAGGCUUAUCCUUUUUUUUCUUCCCAGUGCAAUGGGAACCAACCACUCCAGCAUAUCUUGGGCCCUAAACUCCUGGCCAAUCAGGAAGGGAAGAGAUAAGCUGCCAUCUCUUUGCAUGUUAGGUUCGCUGUGGGAAUUGCGGGGGGAGGGGGAUUUGAAUCAGUUCACAUUUAAAGGUGAAUCUACCUAAUUCACCCCUUCGCUAUGAAUAUGGGAACCAAAACACAACCAUUCAUCAAAAUUAGCACUUGCACUGCAUUUCUCCAGCCAAGUAAUGUGUCAAAAAUGCAUAUACUGAGGUAAAGUGUGCAUAAAUAAAUACAUAUGCUGGUGAAAAUAACAUACCAAAGUGCAAUAUAUUAGCGGAAAUUGCUUUGCAAAAAUGUGUGUAUUUGGCAAAACUUCAUGCAAGAGAAAUUCACACUAAAAUGCUGGUGAAUUUUCAUGAGAACCUUUUUUAUCUUUUUAAAUUGCAAAACUGAUAUGGAAAUCCGGACAGCUGAACUUAAGACUGGAAUGCAAAACUGUGGAAAACCAAAAUUAACAGAUUCACCCAUCUCUAGUCCCCUGCAAGGAUAGAGAUAGAGUCUUUCUUCAAAUAGAAGAUUGUUCUCUGUAAGGUAGUACACAUGGUUACCCAACCCAACCCUGGUGUAAGGGCUUGUUGCAUGGUGGGGUAAGUGUGGAUGCAAAACAAUUCAUUUCAAAAUCUGUUGAGUACGCAUCUAGAAAUCAUUUCUGCUGUCCCUGCAGGGAAAAACAGAAGUUCUUUCCCCCACCACAAGCCACACAUUUUCAAAACUACAACAGGAAGUGAUGUUCUUUCCCCUCCCUUAACAGGUAUAAAACAUAAACUCACAUUUCUUUUUUCAAAAACACACUUUCUCAUGGGGCCUUUUUCAAGCAAAGGGUUUCAUCAGCUACCUGCUCACAACACCUGCUCUUCAGGGAUUUACCACUACCAGAUUCAUGAACAAUAAUAAGAAAUAAAGGUUUGCCUCUGAGCAUCUACAGAGUGCAUUUCCCUUAACCCCAGCUAACCACAAUUGCCUGCCAUGUUCCAUGUGUACCAUGUGAACGUCACAGAGCAAUGCCACUCCAAAAACAAUAGAAUGCAGCAAAAUGAAAGCCCCAUCCUUGGUCGACCCCUUUCUCCUUUCACCACUGGUAUAUGACCAGUAUGGUGAGGGCUCUGGAAACCAAAUCCUGUAAGAAAUGUUUGAAGGAGAUAAGUGUGUUUAGAUUGGAGAAUAAAAGAUGACAGGGUGACAUGAUAGUUGUCUUCAAAUUCCUGAAGGGCUGUGAAGAAGAAAAUAGAGCUGAUGUGCACACCAUCCAUUUAAAGCUCCCAUAUACACACAUGGCCUCUCCCAAAAAAAUUGGGGACCUGUAGUUUGUUAAGGGUCUCCUCACAACUCCCAGCACCCUUAAAUAGUUCCCAUGUGGGUGCUAAGGAUUGUUAAGAGGCCCACUAUUCCUGUCACAAAGCUACAAUUCUCAGAGUUCCCUAAGAAAAAGUAUUGUUCAACCACUGUGGAAACAGUAGCUCUGUGAGCAGAAUAGGGCUCUCCUAACAACUUUCAGCAGCUUUAACAAAUCACAGUUCCCAGGAUUCUUUGGGGGAUGACAUGACUUUUAAAAAAUGGCAUAAUGCCACUUCAAAUGUAUUGCACAUAUGGUGCCUAAAUCUGGAAUUACAAAUGCUACAUUGCACCAGUAGUAUCCUUAGCAGAUUUAUCAUCCACAAAUAACUUGGCAAAAUUGGCCUUUUGUAGUCCCCCAUGGAAGUGCCACAUAGCACUUCAGAGAGCAGCUUAAAAAGGCUACGGUCCCUUGAAUGUCUGUUGUAAGCACACUGAUUUCUAAUAAAGCCUUUGGAUUCUCUUUCUAGAAAACAUCGCAUAUUCAUAUUGGAGACUUUUUCAACCAGAAAUGUUUCUUAUGUUAUGUCAUUUAAUAACCUGUUGUAUUUUUAAUAAGAUUUUUUUUAUCAUACACAAUACAUAGUUUUAUUUACACUGGAUGGAUGCAAAAGGAGCAAACCCAAGUCCCAAAAGAGAAAAAAGAAAAUGGUAUAACUGUCUCAAGAAAUGUGAUUCAAAUGAUGUUAUUUCUUCAUAUCCAGUGAGGAUCAUCUUCUUAUGUUUUAAUUCUUUUUCAAUAUAUUGAAAAAUGUGUCUAGCUUUCAAUAAGUUUACCGUUGACUUUUAUCUCCUAUGUUCCCUUAAAGUGAGUUAACAUCUGUUUAUGCAUUCUUAGUAUGAUGUUGUUCAAUUAAAAGUUCUGAGCGGA